UUCAAGGUAAACCCCUGUUGGGGAGCGAGCGAGAGCGAGACAGAGAGGAGAGCGACUUCAUGGCAAGCUUCAAUCCAAUGGAUUACUUCCUGGAAGAUGUGAUAGAACCAGAGGUGGGAGAGGUUGCACCUUCUGCUGGAAACAACGACCUCAUGGGAUUUCCGUUCCUCCCUUGGGAUGGCGCCGAAUUCGACAUCAACUCAUGCGUUCCUCAGACCCCCUUCUACGAGCCUCCCUUUGCCGACGCGGGCAGUCAGGAGAUCGCCUGCUCCUCCUCCGAGCAGGAAGGAGGUGGUCGCUGCCACCAAGCAGAGCUCUUUUCCUCGUCCCCCUCCAAAUCUGCAACCCAACCAUCGAGGUCUCUCCUCUCAGAGAGAAAUAGGAGAGGAAGGAUGAAGGACAAGCUCCUUGCCCUUAGAUCCUUGGUGCCAAACAUAACCAAGAUGGAUAAGGCUUCGUUAAUAGGAGAUGCCACGACCUACGUGCAAGAACUGCAGAAAGAAGCAACGAAAUUAUCUGAAGAAAUUUCACAGCUGGAGCGUCGUUUACAAGGUGAAGAAGAGGGUGGCUACGAAUUUGAUGUCGACAUUCCACAGAAGGAAACUAAUAGAGAGAAGAAAUCUGGGCGUCAUAAGAUAUUGCAGAUGGCUGUAGUUCGUACAGAUGAGUGCGAAUUCUUUGUGAAGAUCAUUUGUAAGGCAGCAAAGGGAAUUGUGGUGCGAGUACUACAAGUUCUGGAAUCUCUCGAUGAUAUAAGCAUUCAAGCUUCCAACUUAACUGCCGUUGAAGGGCACAUCAACUUGACCUCUACAAUUCAUGUCACGAAUUGCAGCAAGGAGAUCGAUGAGGCUGCCCUGAAGAUAUCAUUGCUCACCAGCUUCACUAACCAAGGCUUGGACAUGCCCCCAAGCUUCCGCUAGUGUCAUCUGUUCCGAUAGUGUCACCAGCUUCUAAUUCCUCUUUAGGAAGGGAGAGUAAGGUUAAUUAUUAGUUGAUCUUCUCUCUCUAUCUCUCUCUCAAUUGUUUUCUAGAUGUCAUGAAAAUUAUCAUAUGUAUGAUCAGCGUGUGCAACGCUUGGAUGCAUUUGUACGAAGCGAUUGACAAAAAAGUGGCAAUUGAUAAGGAGGC